GGGGGGGGGGUAUGUAGAGUAGUUGAGGCGUGAGGUAAACAGUUACAGUGACUUGGAGUUCUCACUCAGUGGUUUACAAUUGAUAGACGGUGGUAGACCGGUAUACAGCGGCGGAGAGUCAGGUUUACAGCGGUAGGGAGUCAGGUUUACAGUGGUGGAUAGUCAGGAUUACAGCGGUAGAUAGUCAGGUUUACAGUGGUGGAUAGGCAGGAUUACAGCGUUAGAUAGUCAGGUUUACAGUGGUGGAUAGGCAGGAUUACAGCGGUAGAUAGUCAGGUUUAUAGUGGUGGAUAGUCAGGUUUACAACGGUGGAUAGGCAAAUUGACAUUGGUGGAUAGUCAGGUUUUCAGCUGUAGAUAAGUUUAAAGCGGUGGAGAAUCAGGUUUACAGUAGAGGAGAAAGACUGUUAGUGGUUUACAAGUGCCUUAUGAACCAGUGGCUCGACUGCAGUACCCUGCUAGAGUUCUAGAGAACCAAGCCACACAGUUUAUCCAAACACUUGGGAAGAGACAAAAAAAAAAAAGUUAAUUUAGAGACCAUCUAAGACUCGGUUGGUGUAGUUAAGGUGAUGCUCGAGACGACGCCCAAGACGUUUGAGGUGCACCUGGCCUCCUACCAGGGCAAGUAUGAAGAGGUCAAGACCAAUGUUCUCGCCAACAACCGUCUUCUCACAGCUGUUGAUGAUAGUGGGCGGCAACCACUACACUGGGCAGCCUGUGGGGGACACGAAGAACUCGCCAGCUUUUUCAUAGAGCAUGGAGCUCCAGUCGACAAAGCUGAUGAUAGUGGCUGGACGCCAUUAAUGAUUGCAGCUUCUGCUGGUCGGGAGCAAGUGGUGAGGCUCCUGAUUGGUCGUGGUGCUAAUAUCAACAGACAGAACAAUGAGGGCCAUUCUGCUCUCCAGUAUGCUGCAUCCAAGAACCAUCAUGAGAUUGUGGCUAUCUUAAUGGACAACUGGGCCGAUGUGAAUUUGCAAGAUAAGCUGGGAGCAACACCUCUUCAUCGUGCAGCAUCAAAGGGCAACAUGAGUGCAUUGGCACCUAUUGUGCAGUGCAACAGGUGCUCCUUCAAUCUCCAGGACUCUGAGGGAAACACUCCAUUACAUCUUGCUUGUGAGGAGGAGCGUCUUGAAGUGGUGCGGCUUCUCUUGGAGCAUGGUGCAAGUUCACAAAUUAUCAACAAGGCUGGUAAAACGCCAUUUGAGAUGACAUCCUGCCCAUCCAUUCGUCGUCUUGAACAGAUGAAUGAAAUGUGACGUUGAAUUGCACAUGAAUACAUCCAUUUUCUCUUUACAUUCGUCCAUGUAUUAAGUUAUCAAACAAGACUUGAACAAAUCCACAACAGUGUGUAAAACAAGAUAUAUUUCUCUUGGCAGGCAGCAACAUUAAAAUGACAUUUUUAUCAUUAUGUAACAUUAUAUUGGGUUACUGUACUAAUAUUUAUAUCUUGUAUAAAUUAUUGUUUAAUUUUCAUAAAUCACAUUAUUAUGUAAUUCUCAAAUGUUAACUAGAGUAAAAAAAAAAUUGUUUUAAAUAUUUGUUUGUGAAAGUCUCAAAAAUUAUGUAAGCAGACCUGAGCAUUGCCUUGGGUCAUCCUAAAACUUAAUUUUUGUUCAGGAUAAGAGGGAUGUUAUUGCCUGUAGUGUUAAUAAGUGCUGGGCUGAGGGUUUCUUGCCAAGACCUUGUACCAAAGCCAGUCACUAUGCAAACACAUUGGUAAGGCUACACUAACUCUUUUCUUGGAGGUUACCAUCGUACAAAACUGUGUGACUCGUUAGUUUAUAACAAUAAUUUUUCAAUAACUGCUGGAAUGCCAAUAAAUGUUUUCCAUAA